UCCCGUGGCGAGAAGAAGCUCAAGCUGUUCGGUUUCGAGCUUAGCUCGAGUAAGAACGAUUUUGGUGACGGCGGCGAAAGCGCGAAUUCGAGUACGGAUGAGAGGAAGUUUGAGUGUAAAUACUGCUCCAAGGAAUUCUCAAACUCACAGGCGCUGGGAGGGCAUCAGAAUGCUCACAAGAAAGAGAGAAUGAAGAAGAAAAGAUUGCUGGUUGAGGCCAAGAGAGCAGCUAUCAUCUACACUUAUCUUCAUCCUUUGCAAAACAGCUUUGGCUUUAGCUACCAACACUCUUCUCCCCAUCACUUAAAUCUUUAUCAAGAAUCACAAAUUAGUUUCCAGCAAAAUUCACCGGUGUUCACCAUAACACCAGCUGCCAAACCAUCAAAGCAAAGGUGUAAAUACUUGGAUCUUCAGUUGGAUCUCAGCUUGUAAUCCUCUCUGGAAAACAGACACUCAGUUCAAUUUUAUUUGUAAAACUAUGAAUCUUGAGUUGGUCACACCAAGGUACUACUAGCCCAAUACCACUGCAUUUGUAUGUUAUCUUGUAGCACAGCAGCAAUUUCAUCCAUUUGGUCGUUUGAAACUGAAAAGAAAAAUGUAAAAACACACA